CUCCGCGGUCGGCUUUGCCGCAUCGAGAACAAGAGGAGAGAAUUGCGGGAAACAAAAUGGCCGACGAGGUGCCUUGCGGCGCUGCGAGCGCCGACGAAAAAUAGUCCCUCAGGGCGUCAAUGGCGCUGCACGUAUGCCAGCUGCUGGGAAAAUGACGGAAAAGGACAUCGAUCGCAGCCUGUCCAGGCGGUUCUUGCAGUCGUGCCAGGCCGGCGAUUUGGACGGAGUCAGAGCCGCGCUGGAGGCGGGGGGUAAACAAAGCGACUGGACUGUUUAUAGGCACGAGAGCAGCGGCGACACGGCGCUGCACGUCGCGGCGCGCGAGGGCCGCAUCCGCGUCGUCAAGUAUUUAUGCGAAAAUUGGCCGGCCAAGCCAGCAGCAGCGGAAUACAGACCGGCCGACGUCGCUAAUCUAGACAUGAAGAGGCCCAUGCACGAGGCUGCCCAGUUCGCCAGAUACGAUGUUUUGCGAUACCUUAUUCAACAAGGUGCCGAGAUAGACCCGCUGAAGCGCGCGGACUGGACGCCCCUGAUGCUGGCCUGCACCAAGUCCGGCCCGGAGGCGCAGCUCUGCGUGAAGAAACUCCUGGAAUCCGGCGCGAACGUCUCUCUGCGGAACAAAGACGGCUGGACGCCCUUUCUGCUGGCCUGUCGUGUCGGUGACCCCGCGAUAAUCGACCAGCUUCUCGCUGCCUCGGCUCGCUGCGUCGACGACCGCAGCAACAACGGCAGGACGGCCCUCCACAUCGCAGCUCUGCACGCCUGUCAGGACGCGCUGGGGAUACUUCUGGCGGCGAAGCCCGAACUGCUGGAGUCGCGAGACUCGGCCGGCUCGACGCCGUUACAUGAAUCUGUCAAGAGUCUGAAUUUCAAUGUAACGGAUUACCUGCUCAAACAAGGGGCUUGCCUCGGGGCCCUGGAUAACGUGGGACAGAGCGUUCUGCACGUCGCGGCUUCCGUUGGCAAUGUGGCGGCGAUUCAAUAUCUCGCGGAACGGCCCGAGAUCAGGAUAGACGCCCCGGCGCACUUUGGCAUCACUCCUCUGCAGGUCGCCGAGAGGAACAAGCAGCACGAGGCUGCGACUAUUCUGAGGAAGAGGCUACUCGGGCAGGGAUAACUCGAUUUGUUCCUUCCGUUAUGUACGCCCGUGUUUUCGUUAAUUGUAAAUGAAAUUGAAAAUACAGGUACAACUAAUUUUGCACGAUAGA